GCAAGGAACUCGUCACCGAAGGAAGUGGGAACAGUCUGUCGAAGGUUUUUCGCUCUUAAAAUAACACAAAUUGUACAGAAAAUUGGUGAAAUUGGUGCUUGAUACCAGACGAUCUCAGACACGCCGAGAUGCACUUUUAUCCAUUCCAACAUGGAUGCACCCAAUUAACUCUUUUUUUUCUACUUUCAGCAUUGAACUCACUUUAUGCACAAUUUUGUUUUCAGAAUCACGCACAAAACGCAGUUUUGAAGACCAUUCUUCGAUACUCCAGAUGCAAGCAAUUAUUAAUGUUCCGAUAUUUCAAUUGCAGUCAAAAUUGUUAUCACAGUUUGUAAUGUCGCUUUUUCUAUGUUUCAUUCCACACACAUUAGAGGACUCAUCCCUAAAGCUAUCGAUUCAUCCGCUGUUUGGCGGUGGAGCUUGCCGCUGGCCAGGCUGCGAGAGAGUGUUCGAUGAUUUCGACGACUUCUACAACCAUCUCCAGUCGGAUCAUAUCAACGGAGACUACUCGGCGGCGCAGGCUCGCAUCCAGAUGGAGGUUGUCUGUCAGCUGCAUCUGCAGCUGCAGAAGGAACGCGACCGGCUGCAAGCGAUGAUUCUGCAUCUUAACAAGAAGAAUGAAAUGGCUCGUAUUCCGAUGGCCGGAGCGAACCCGUUUGUGCCGCAGAUCCCACCUCCGCCUCCACCGUACGAAUUGAUCGCCGGUUUGCGCUUCCCUCCGGCAUCGGCCGCUGCUGUGGGUGGCGACAGUGGGGAUGGAGGAAUGGCGGAAGCCGCGUUACAGCUGACCGGAAAGCAUCAGCAGGCGUUACAUCAUCAUCAUCAGCAGCAACAGCAGCAUCAGCAACAACAACAACAACAACAGCAUCAGCAGCAUCAGCAGGUGGGAUGUGCUUCCGGACGAUCUUCAAAGGGUUCCGCGAUGAGAGCUAAAUAUUUUGGGACACAGGAUGCCGAAGCUGGCUUCAAAGAGGUGCACUAUCCGGAUGUGCAGGAUGAUGUUCAUAAAAAUCGCGAAUUCUAUCGGAGUCAUGACGUGCGGCCUCCUUUUACCUACGCGUCGCUUAUACGACAGUCAAUUAUUGAGUCUCCCGAAAAGCAAUUGACUUUGAAUGAAAUCUACAACUGGUUUCAAAAUACCUUCUGCUACUUCCGGAGGAACGCAGCGACAUGGAAGAACGCAAUCCGGACGAACCUGUCGCUGCACAAGUGCUUCGUCCGGUACGAGGACGACUUCGGGUCGUUCUGGAUGGUCGAUGAUCACGAGUUCCUGAAGCGGCGCCAUUUGUCGCGGGGGAGGCCCCGCAAAUACGACAUCACGAUGCCACUCGAGCCGGAAAGUGAGGGGGGCGGCGGCGGUCAGCAACCGCAGCAGCAUCGUGUUACCCACCACCAGCAGCCCCCCGGAGGAGGCACACCACCCCUAAUCGGAGGCCACUGCUACGACGAGGGCGGUAGCAGUGGCGGGCUGAGGACCCCGAAGAAAGAGUUUGUGAGACGGUAAAAUUAAUGUUAGAUGUUUAACGACACGAGAGUAGAAUAGGAUAAUGACAAAUGAAGGUUUGAUAAGCAAUGGUUAUAUUUCGGAUCAAUCAAUGGUCGAUGGUGCUAUUUAAAUAUUUUUAUAAAUUUUUAUUUUUUGAUGAUACUUAUUUUUGGGAAUAUGUUUGACCUAUCUUUCAUUGAAAUUCAGAGCCAGAUUUAGGAGAGCGGCUGGGAAGGUAGAAAAACUUGUAAAACGAAUGGUGAACCAAAAUCAAGCACAUAGUACUAUAAUCUACUAAUUUUUGAUAUUUUCAGGGUGCGAAUUCUGACAUGAUAUCAAUCAUCAAAUCAUCGUUCAACUUCUUUCCAAUGUCUGUGAUAUUUACGAAUACAGAAUUUUCGAUAAAUAAAAGAAUAAGUCUGAUAAGAAUUAUUUACUCAGAAUAGUAAUUAAUGAAA